AUGAGCGGCGUCACCAAGGCGCUGGCCCAGGGCCUGGGCAAGCAGACAUGGCGCGAGGCCGUGAGCAAUGGAGGGUGGAAGGUCCUGAUUGAUGGAAACCUGGGGAGCACACUCGUCGAGCACCAGCCAGGUGCAACCCUCGUGGGAACGGACAAGCACGGGAAUCGGUACUUUGAGAAGAUGGACACCCAAGUCGGCCGCAAUCGCUGGGUGGUAUAUGCAAAGGCCUCGGACUAUCGGGGCCAGGACCCGGCCAACGUCCCUGCCGAGUGGCACGGGUGGCUGCACGCCAGCGUGGACGUCAACCCUGCCAAUCACGACUUCACGGCGCCGAUUUAUGCGUCCAACAUUGUGGGCAACUCCACCACCACAGUUUCGAGGUACCAGCCCAAGGGCUCUUGGUUCAAGGAGCACAAGCGCAACUGGCUCAAGUACCAGACGUGGACACCCCCCAAGGCUUGA